AUUGCCAGAGUCCAGUCCACAGUCCACAGCCGCCUUUGAAAUUAGUAGAGCAUUUUCACUGCCCGCUUGUAUACAUUUUUUUUAGUUACUUUCGAUAAUCUCGCCGCGAUGCAGAACUCCGGGCGCGGGGAGGACCACUUCAACUUCAUCACGCGGACGGACCGCAAGAGUCUGCACACGCAGAUCGGGCUCCUGGUGGCCAAGGCGAAGGAGGUGGCCGCCACGGAGCUGCAGGAGCGCAGCCGCCGGCUGAAGAAGAUGCUGGAGGAGGAGGACAAGCGCUACGAGGAGGAGUUCUCCAACACGGUGAAGACCCGCAUCGACCAGGACAUCAAGGAGCGGAAGGAGCACCUGCACGCCAUCAAGGAGCAGGUGGCCAAGCAGCAGAAGCAGUUCCUCGAGGAGAAGUACGUCCAGCAGGUGAUGCUCGACUGCUACGAGGUGCGCGAGGCUCUGCGGCAGCAGGACCUCGUGGAGACGAAGAUCGUGCAGGAGGAGCAGAUCCUGGAGAACCAGAGGCGGAAGCGGCGCGAGUGCCAGCAGGAGCAGUACUGGCUGGAGCUGAACCGGCGCCGCUGGGCCCAGUUCGACUGCCACCAGGCGGAGGAGAACCAGAGGCGCCGCCAGAUGCAGGAGCAGGUGAACCACGUCCUGGCCAUCCAGGUGGCCGAGCACGAGGAGAAGCGCAGAGAGGCGGAGGCGGAGCGCAGCGAGGACGAGCGGGUCAUCAACGCGCUGCUCGAGGAGAUUCGCCUGGAGGAGUUCGACAAGGAGCACCAGCCAGCCCCGGUGGACCAGCUGGCCUACCAGGCCGAGCUGCUCCAGGAGAUCGAGCGCAAGCGCUGCGCCCGCCUGACGGAGUGGGAGGCGGACAAGGCCGAGCACGCGGCCUUCUGCCGGGAGACGGAGCGCCUGGAGGCGGAGGCCCGCGCCAGGAUCGCCCAGGGCAAGAAGGACCUCAACCGCGCCACCCUCGAGUACCUGGCCUACCUGCGCCGCAUGCAGUCCCUCGAGCUGGGCAUCGAGAAGAUGAUGGACGAGCGCACCGCCGACCUCUACCAGCUGGAUGUGUGCACCAAGGUGAACAUCACCGAGCGGGUGCGCAUCAAGCGGGAGGCCGCCGAGCAGUGCUACGAGAUCCUGCGGAAGCAGGUCUGCGAGGAUUACGAGCGCAGGAUCCGCUCCGACGCCGAGCUGCGCGAGAACAAGAUGAUGGAGAACCGCUUCGUCCACCCGGAGGUCACCCACGAGAUGACCGUGUGCCGGCAGAUGCGCUACAAGGCGGAUCUGGACGCCCAGAUCAAGGAGAUGCGCCGCAUCCAGGCGGAGGAGGAGAAGCGGUUCGACAGCCGCCUGAUGGCCGCCGUGGACAACCCCGUGGUGUGCAAGCAGCUGGCCAGGGAGAUCCUGGAGAAGGGCACCGACUACCUCGCCCCGCACCCCAACUGGCGGAUCAUGGCCUGCAACCCCAACAAGUACGUGCUCCGGCCGCCGUCCACGGAGCAGGAGUUCGCUGCCAAGGUGGCAGGUGCCACUGUGGACAAGUGCCCCUGCCCCAGGGAGGCGCGCAAGCACUGCGGCUUCAUGGCCGGGCUGGGCAGGCUGGACGAGCCGCCCGAGGGGGCCAGACCCCACUUGGAGGAGGCGGCGGUGACCCCGUCACAGAAGCCCCCGAAACCAGGAUUCAGGAGCUGCCGCUGCAAAUUCUAUUAGUUAUAUGUGGGAUUCGAUCCAAAAACCAUUUCAAAUUGCGUUGAAUGUUUAAACUGGGGCUAUUAAACUACUGGAAUUGGGCAUUAGACCAGUUUAGAUUCAGUGUGAACAAGA